GUGUAAUGCUAUAGACGUCCAUAUGUAGUGACAAUACAUUGCAUACAUUGCAGUCAUUCAUAACAUUAUAUCCAUUCGUCUACUACUUAACACUCAUUUGUAAAUCAAUUGCUUUUAUAUUCAUAUGAUUUGAGUGAUUGUCAGGCAAUACCACAAACACUACCAUCGAUAGAGUGAAGUAAUAAUAAUGACAAUGAGUGAAGACAAGCCUCCCAUCUGUGCGAACCUGAUUGUGCCCGUCCUCAUCAGACCCAUCAUUCAUAAGAUCGAGAAACACGACCCGAUGGCCGCACAAACCCUAUUGAAUGCCAUCAAUAAGGCUGAGGCGACAGAACCGGGGAUUAUGUUGGAUGUGGUGACCAGUAUUCUCAAGAGACGAGAUCUCAACGUCAAUAUAACCGAGUCUUUGCUCAAACUUCAGGGACAUAUCCCUGAAUUCGAUGACCAUAAGUGUAAACGCCCUGAAGAGCUGUUUCAGGACUUGAAUCGCAAGACGUAUUCCCUGAAGAAGAUUUUGAGCCGAAUUCCCGAUGAGAUCAAUGACAGGAAGACUUUCCUCGAGACCAUUAAAGAGAUCGCCAGUGCUAUCAAAAAACUAUUGGAUUGUGUGAACGAAAUAUCUAAUAGUCUUCAGAUAACGUCCCCUUCAGACAAGAGAGCCAUCGAGAAUCGGAAGCGAGACUUCAUUAAAGACUCCAAGAAAUUCAGCCAAACUUUGAAAGAGUUUUUCCGAGAGGGACAAACGCAAACUGUGUUUCAAAGCGCAGCACAACUAAUAUGUGCCACAAAUACUAUCCAAAGAACUGUCAAAACAAAGUUUGAUUCAAAAUGAGUACUAAAUUGUUGUUUGAUAUACCGUAC